GUAAACCUGCCAUCGGUGGCAACUGAGUCAUAUCGGUUUGUCAUUCAUUAUUCAUUGUGUUUUUUCAAAUUGUUGGUGUGAUUUGCGUUUGUUUGAGUGUUUUUUGUAAAAUCUCGAUCUUCAAGACAACAGCAGCUUGCUGUAGUGUGUAAAAGUGGACGGUUAUUCAGUAACGAUCUCUUUGGGAAGACGUAACGGGCAUUUUUUUAAAUAUGUGGACCACGGACCUGCUUGCGUUCAGCACCUUUAACUUUGACUGCUGCAAAACAUUCUUCGAGAAGCAAGGAUGGACGUCAAAGCAGAUGUCAAAAGGCUAUAAAUUCUUUGCUGAAGGUUAUGUUCACAACCUGAAAGUUUCUGGCUUGCAUUUGUGUGCACAGUGUUAUCGAAGUCAAAAAAAAAAUGAAAAACCCCAUACAAUGAAUAUGGUUUUUGAAAAGACUGAGGAAGAUUUAAUUUUAACUGAUUCACACUGUACAUGUGAGGCCGGAAAGAGCAGGUCAUGCAAUCAUUUAGUUGGACUUGGAUAUCAUCUCCAAGAUUUGAUUUGUAGAGGGAUCACUCAAAUGGAAAAUGUUACAUGCACCUCACAACCCAUGAUAUGGAACAAACCUAGAGGGAAAAAAAUUUUGCCGGAAAAAGUCAUUGACAUACCAUUUUACAAUCCGUUGAACUGUAGGAGGAAGAAGUCACCGAUUCACUGUAAGCGAUUCAAUCCACUUAGACAUGAUGAUGCAUUUCUAAACAAGAGGGAAAUACUGAAUCUUACUGAGGCUGUCAAGUCAUCCGUCUUGAAGAUUGGGUUUAGUUAUUUAAUAGGCAACCCUUCCACAGAAACUGUUACAUUAUUUGAUAAUGUAUCAGUCCCUUCUAAUUCAGUAUUGGGAAACCAGUACAACCCAGAAAGGCAAAGGAACAAUCUAGACAUUUGGAGGAUACAAGAUGAGAUGCCUAUAAAGCUACCACUUGAUAAUGCUGAAGCAAAAAAUGUUUUAUUGAGUGAACCACCCAUAGAUGCCAUUGAAGAAAUUUCUUUUGACAAAUCUUAUGAAAUAGAACGAUUAACAAGACAACAAGCUUCUUCAGCACCAUGGUAUAAUGAGCGAAAAUUUCGUUUAACAAGUUCAAAAUUUGGGGAAAUUUGCAAAAGAAGAAGCUUCAAUGCAGAAUAUGUAAAGAGCAUUUUUGGGAAUAAUGAUUUGUCGAAUGUAAAGGCAAUCAGGCAUGGGGUGGAAAAUGAAGAUGUGGCAAAAAAAAUGUAUUUGGAGGAAACACGAAGGACAAUGUAUAAGUGUGGCUUUGUAGUGCAUCCAUUUGCUAGUCAUCUAGGUGCAAGUCCUGACGGCGUUGUAUUUGAUGAAGUUCAUGGAUAUGGACUUUGUGAAAUUAAGUGCCCUUACAGCAAAAAGUGGGAGACGAUUAAGGAGGCGGCAAAAAUGAAAAUUUUCUGCUUAGCGUUAGAAAAUGGCCAGACAUAUCUAAAAAGGACCCAUAAUUAUUACUAUCAGAUACAAGGGCAAAUGUUAAUUACAGGACUCACUUGGUGUGAUUUUGUUAUUUUUUUAAAAAAUACAAGAGAAUUAUACAGGGUUAGUCACGAGAGAAUUACUUCUGAAAAUAAUUUUUACGCAACCCAAAAUACUAAUACCCUGUACCACUUGAUAUUAUCUAGAUUUAAAAUGAAAUGCCUAAUCCAUGAUUGCUUUGACUUUGGCAGUGUCACUUUGACGUUAAUUAAUUUUUAACAUUUUUUUUCAUCGUUGACUCGCCUCUAGAGCCCCAUUGGAUCGACGACAUACAGUCAGAUCAAUCUGGGCUAUACUGAAGCCGUAAGUGCUCUACCAAUGUUGUCCGCCGCUAAUGUGCAUGUGUUAAUUCGCCAUCUCUGCGUCACCUAGAGCCUCUUCGAAGUGCAAAUCUGCAACCUCUGGACUUCUUCGGCCAUCCAUUUACAAAAAAGCCGUAGCAUCCCCCCAAAAUGCCCAACAUUUUCAACAGAUUAUUAGUUAAAUUAUUUACUUACUUGUUUGAGUUUGUGUUGUAACCUUUGAAUAAAAUGCCGUAAAAGGAA